GGGGCCUUUCUCGCGCCUGUCCCCACGUGUCCCAGGUUCCUGCCCCCCAGGCUCAGUGCUUAUAACCCUGGAUGCACGCCUCUUCCAGUCCUGCUCCGCCGACCGUCCCUGCCGCCUGGGUUCACUGAGUGGGUCACCCGGCCGGAAGACAGACAGACUCCCGACUCCAGGGACCUGUGCCUACAAGCCAAGACAAGAUGUCCAGCAAGGGCUCUGUGGUUCUGGCCUACAGUGGCGGCCUGGACACCUCCUGCAUCCUCGUGUGGCUGAAGGAACAAGGCUAUGAUGUCAUCGCCUACCUGGCCAACAUUGGCCAGAAGGAAGACUUUGAGGAAGCCAGGAAGAAGGCGCUGAAGCUUGGGGCAAAAAAGGUGUUCAUUGAGGAUGUGAGCAAGGAGUUUGUGGAAGAGUUCAUCUGGCCUGCUGUCCAGUCCAGUGCACUCUAUGAGGACCGCUAUCUCCUGGGCACGUCUCUCGCCAGGCCUUGCAUAGCUCGCAGACAGGUGGAAAUUGCCCAGCGUGAAGGGGCCAAGUAUGUGUCUCACGGUGCCACAGGAAAGGGGAAUGACCAGGUCCGCUUUGAGCUCACCUGCUACUCACUGGCACCCCAGAUUAAGGUCAUCGCCCCCUGGAGGAUGCCUGAGUUUUACAACCGGUUCAAGGGCCGAAAUGAUCUGAUGGAAUAUGCAAAGCAACAUGGCAUCCCCAUUCCUGUCACCCCCAAGAGCCCCUGGAGUAUGGACGAGAACCUUAUGCACAUCAGCUACGAGGCUGGAAUCCUGGAGAACCCCAAGAACCAAGCACCUCCAGGUCUCUACACGAAAACUCAGGACCCUGCCAAAGCACCCAACAACCCAGAUGUCCUUGAGAUAGAAUUCAAAAAAGGGGUCCCUGUGAAGGUGACCAACGUCAAAGAUGGCACUACACACAGCACGUCCCUGGAACUCUUCAUGUACCUGAAUGAAGUCGCGGGCAAGCACGGAGUGGGUCGCAUUGACAUUGUGGAGAACCGCUUCAUUGGAAUGAAGUCCCGGGGUAUCUACGAGACCCCAGCAGGGACCAUCCUUUACCACGCUCAUUUAGAUAUAGAGGCCUUCACCAUGGAUCGGGAAGUACGCAAAAUCAAACAGGGCCUGGGCCUCAAAUUCGCAGAGCUCGUCUACACGGGUUUCUGGCACAGCCCUGAAUGUGAAUUUGUUCGCCACUGCAUCGAGAAGUCCCAGGAGCGGGUGGAAGGGAAGGUGCAGGUGUCUGUCUUCAAGGGCCAGGUGUACAUCCUCGGCCGGGAGUCUCCACUCUCACUAUACAAUGAAGAGCUGGUGAGCAUGAAUGUUCAGGGCGACUACGAGCCCAUCGACGCCACCGGCUUCAUCAACAUCAACUCACUCAGGCUGAAGGAAUACCAUCGCCUUCAGAGCAAGGUCACCGCCAAAUAGACCCUGACAAAGAGGAGCCGGCUCCGCACCGCAGCGCUCCCAGGCCUCAGCAUUAAUUGUUGUGAUAAAUUUGUAAUUGUAGCUUGUUCUUCACCACCUGACUGGGGCUGCAGUGCCCCCGCACCCCCCACAUGCUUUGUUCCCUGGUUCCCUAUAGCCUACAAAAGUGGUCAUCGAAAGGGAAGGGGGGGGGUGACGGGCAGCUGCAGAAAGCGUAAAAUGACAAUUAAAAGAAGUUACAUUA